AUGGAUGUGUUUGGUGGUGCCCCGCGUUUCUUGGCCUAUCCAAGACCUGUGGUGGUGCACAGUGGGACUGAUGCAGUCCUGAAGUGUCAAAUUGGUGGUGAUCCAAGGCCUGCAGUUAUCUGGGAGCGAAAUAAUGAAAAGAUUGACCCACAAGGACGAUAUAGGGUUUUUGAGGAUGGAAAUGUUUACAACCUCAUCAUUUCUGCUGUGGCCACAGAUGAUAGUGGUCAGUAUAUAUGCAAAGCAAAGAACAGCAUUGGGGAAACAUAUGCAGCGGCCACACUGAAGGUGGAAGGUGAAGCACAAGAGAUGGAACUACGAGAGGAAAACAAGCCACGAUUCCUCAUCAAACCCCUCUCCACUCGUGCCGGUCGUGGAGAUGAUGCUGUCUUCUCUUGUAAGCUCUGGGGAAGCCCACGACCAGAGGUUGUCUGGGAAAAGGAUGGCAAGAAACUGAAUGAAAUAUUUGAGAGCACACAUUUUAGUGUGGGCUACCAGGAUGGUGGAUGGUUCCUGCUCAAGAUCUUUAAGACUCGUGCACCAGAUGGUGGUGUAUAUACAUGCAAAGCCAGGAACGAGUUUGGCGAAGCAUUGGCAGGAGCUGUGUUGCUUGUUGAUGCAGGCCCAGGACAUGAGGAAGAAGGAAAUCGUAACGGCUACACAAAUGGCCACUGGAAAGCCCACCAGGGAAAACAGAGGAGUGGUAGGCCAGUGCUCAACCGCCUCAAAGAUGACGCCCUGAUUAAGUCAACUCAAGUAAAAAUGUUUGCAGUGACAGAGGGCAAACAUGCCAAAUUCCGCUGCUUUGUGACUGGUAAACCCAAACCAGAAAUAAUUUGGAGGAAAGACGGUAGGCUGAUACUGUCUGGAAGGCGUUAUUUGUUAUAUGAGGACAGAGAAGGAUAUUUCACACUUAAAGUUCUGUACUGCAAGCAGAAGGAUAAUGGAGUUUAUGUUUGUGCUGCAUCAAAUACUGCAGGGCAAACCAUCAGCGCUGUACACCUCUCUGUAAAGGAGCCGCUUGUGCGGUUCAAGCAGCCUCUCAUUGAUCUAGAAGUAUGGGAGCGAGAUUUGGCUGUUCUUGAGUGUGAAGUGCCAGAGGACUCUGUUCCCAUCACAUGGUAUUUGGAGGAUAGACGACUGCAGCCAGGGGCCAAAUAUGGGAUGGAGGAGUGGGGAACAAAAAGGCGACUAACUAUCCGGGACAUCGGAGUCGAUGAUGAUGGGAUUUACCUUUGCGAGAUGCCAGAUGGGGGGAGAAGCAUUGCAGAGGUAGCUGUAAAAGGUACAAUUUUGCGAAAGCUUCCAAGAAAAGUGGAUGUCUUGGAAGGUGAAAAUGCUGCCUUUUGUGUUGAAGUGGAAAAAGAAGAGAUGGACAUACACUGGUACAAAGAUGGGGUAGAGCUGCGUGAAACCCAUCAGACCAUCAUUAAGUCUUUUGGUCGAACUCACAUCCUGGUUUUUGUCAAUACAAUGCCCCAAGACUCUGGCCUUGUGACUUUCCUUGUAGGCAGAUCCAAGACCUCCUCGCAGCUAAGAGUCAAAGCGGCCAGACAUUGUCCUCCUAGUUGUCCAGUGGGUGUGCAGAUCAACACAGAGCGUGCUAAUGCUGCUCUUCUGUCAUGGAUUCCCGCUCAGGACUCUCGUAAGAACCCUCCUUCUGGAUAUGUUCUUGAGCGUCAGGAAAUGGGCACUGGCUCACAGGAAUGGGUACAGUGCCUGACCACUGACUCUGCAACCUCUGUGGAGAUCCUUGGUGACAGCGUACCGUGUGAAGCAGAUUAUCGAUUCCGCAUUUGUAGCGUCAACAAAUAUGGAAAGAGCAACAACGUCGAGUUCCCCAAAGCUGUUCACUUGGUUCCAGUGGUCAGAAUACAAGCUCCCUUACAGGAUGCCUUAGUGCCAGAGGGGCAAGAUGCUGUCUUCUCUAUAGAGCUCUCCGCUUCAGUUAUUGGUACAUGGUACUUAAAUGGUACUCAGCUUCAGGAGGAUGAACGCUUUUCCAUGCGUAGGUCACGAACACACCAAUCUCUUCGCAUUCGAGGUGUACGUGAUACAGACAAUGGAGCUGAGAUUACAUUUAUUGCCUAUGGCAUCCGUGAUUCUGCAGCACUAUACAUUCAAGCUCCUCUUGUCAAGUUUUCACAACUGUCGGAAAUGGAUCGAAAUAAAUUUGUAGAAGUAGGGCACCCCAUUGUGCUCUACUGUGAGCUGUCAGACCCUGCAGCUCCAGUGCACUGGUACAAGAAUGGGGUGGGAUUACAAACAAUGGAGGGUCUUCACAUCCAAUCAGAGGGGACCAUGAGAAGAAUUGUCAUUCAGUCAGCAGAGUUCUCACAUUCAGGAGUGUAUUGUUGUGAUGCCAUUGACGAUGUCAUCAGGUUCAAUGUGGAAGUGGAAGCACCGCCAGUAACAUUUGCUGAUAUCCCAGAGGAGGAUCUUUUCAAGAGUGCUGUAGAAAAAGAACAGUUUGUUCUAUCAUGCAUCAUAUCAAGGCCUGAUGGUGUUGUCCAGUGGUACAAAGAUGGAACUGAAAUGCAACCAAGCAAUAAUGUUACAAUGCUAGCAGAGGGCACCAAACGACACCUGAACAUACAUUCAGCCCAGCUGUCUGACACAGGCACCUACACAUGUCGUGCAGGAGACAACAUUUUAAUCUACAAGGUUAACAUACGAGAGCCUCCAGUGAUGAUCAUCUACCCCAAUGAAGAUGUCCACCUCGACCGUCAUGUCCCUGAGGAAAUUAUUCUGAGCUGCGAAUUGUCUCGUCCCAAUGGCAUUGUUAGCUGGUACAAAGAUGGUCAAAAGCUGCAAGAAAGUGAGAACAUCAAGCUCAAGACUGAAGGGCCUUAUCGACGACUUUGGAUUAUUUCCAGCGGAGUAGAAGAUUCUGGAGAAUACGUGUGUGAUACAGCUGAUGAUUCAAUAUUUUUUCACCUUAAUAUUACAGAACCUCCUGUGCUAAUUGUAUCCCCGAGUCAGUCACAAAUGGAACUGUGCCAGCAAACCUCUGAGAAGAUGGUACUGAGUUGUGAGAUUUCACGGCCCAGUGCAGUGGUGCGCUGGUAUCGAGACGGACUCGAAGUGGAGGAGAACGACAACCUUAUCCUUGAGGUGGAUGGUGUCUACAGAAGACUUAUUAUACCUGAAACCACUGUCAAGGAUUCAGCAGAAUAUGUAUGUGACACAGCAGAUGACUCUGUGACAUUCUUUGUAAACAUAGCAGAGCCUCCUGUUCGCUUCAUACGUCUAAGGAAGAUGCCAAGUAAAAUAAAGAAAGUGGCAGGGGAAACUCUGGUUCUGGACUGUGAGGUUUCGAGAUCCAAUGCUGAGGUCACUUGGAAAAAGAAUGGGGAAGAAGUCGAAGACUCUAGAAAUAUGACUAUCCUUGAGGAUGGUGUCAUACGUCAAUUAACUAUUCACUCUCUAACAGUGGAAGAUGAUGGGCUGUAUGUCUGCGAUGCAAAGGACGACGUCAUGGAUUUCCAUGUAAAAGUGCAAGAGUUGCCUGUAAGAAUUCUGGGAAAAACUGACGCAAGAACGAAAAAGCAGUUUUUAGUGUCAGAUGAUAUUAUUCUUGUGUGUGAACUCUCAAGAUCCAAUGUCGCAGUUAACUGGUACAAAGACGGUCAGCUAAUUGAUGAUAAUGAGCGAUACUGCAGUGAGGAGCAAGGCGUUUUCCGAUCACUAGUUGUCCUAAAUGCUGGGCUUGAAGAUUCAGGAGAGUACACUUGUGAUGCAGUGGAUGAUAAGAUGGUCUUCCACAUCACUGUUGAAGAGCCCCCAGUAAAGAUCAUCGGUAACUCAGGCCACCCGGAGCAUCAUAUGCUGGUAGCAGGAGAUGACCUUAUUUUGGAGUGUGAGGUGUCUCGGCCAAAUGCCACUGUUCAGUGGUUAUGGAACGGCGAGAUUCUGAAACCAGACACUCGCAUAAAAAUUGACAGCUAUGACGUUGUGAGGAAACUUGUUCUGUCUGGACUCCGGCCCUCAGACUCUGGAAAAUACAUUUGUGAUGCCACUGAUGACAAAUUGAUAACAAUUGUUGAUGUGCAGGCUCCCCGUGCUGUUGAGUUCAUAACGGAGCUUCAUAACAUCAUGGUCUCUGAAGGAGAAGAUGCAAUAUUUAAAUGUGUGGUUUCACCAGAGGACACUCAGUUGGUGUGGUGCUUAAAUGGCAAGCAAGUCGCUCUGAAGGAGCGGACUGUCAUUUCAAGCAAUGGACUCUGCCGAAUGCUCUGCAUCCACAACUGCAUGGUUUCAGAUAGCGGCAGAGUGACAGCUGAUGCUGAGGGAGUGGUAUCAGAGGCAGAACUCCAGGUUCAAGAGCAACAGGUGCUGUUCACCAAGCAAAUGACACCAGUUGUAGCUGAAGAGUACAGUGAGGCAAUUCUAGAGGUGGAGGUGAGUUUGGACACAGGAGAGGUGCAGUGGAUGAGGCAAGGGGUGGUGAUCCACCCUGGGGCCAAAUAUAACCUGAAACACAAGGGCCACAAACACAGCCUCAUCAUCCACAAACUGGCCAUGUCUGACCGUGGCACCUACAGCUGUGAAACUCUCCAUGACCGCACGCAAGCCCAGCUAACUGUGGAACCUCGAAAAAUCAAAAUCAAGAGGGGACUGACUGAUAUUAACACGACAGAGAGAGAAACAGCAUCUUUUGAGGUGGAGCUCUCACAUCCUAAUGUCCCGGGCACUUGGAUUAGAAAUGGAAUCCAACUUAAACCGACAAACCACUUCCGUAUAAGUGCCAAAGGACAGGUCCACAGCCUCACUAUCUCAAACCUAUCAACAGAAGACACCGGCACCUUUAUAUUCUGUGUAGAGAAUGUGAAGACAACUGCAAGGCUUGUUGUGAAGGAGCCCCCAGUGACCAUUUUGAGGAAACUGGUGAACCAGAAAUUCCCUGAAGGGGCAGUAAUCUCUAUUGAGUGCGAGCUCUCGAGACACAGUGUUGAUGUAAAAUGGACAAAGAAUGGGGUUGAGAUGAAGCCUGGCAAAGACUUACGCAUUUAUGCUAUAGGAAGAAAACGCUUUCUUCAGAUCAUGAAAUGUCAUGUCAGUGAUUCUGGCAGGUAUACCUGUGAUGCUGGAGAUACUACUACAUCCUGCACUGUGGAGGUUUAUGAGCGUGAGCUGCUGAUCCUGCAGGGCCUUAAGGAUCUGCACAUCCAGGAAGAUCAGAAUGCUGUGUUUCUUUGUGAAAUCUCAGUGGAGGACGUGCCAGGAGAGUGGUACAAAAAUGGGGAGAAGAUACAACCCACCAGCAGCAUCAAGAUCCGCCAAGAAGGGACCAAACAUUUUCUUCUCAUGUGCAAUGUGCGAGCUGAGGACUCUGGACAGAUCAAGUUCGUUGCCAGACAUGGUGAAUCUUUUGCUUACCUGGAGGUGAAAGAGCUUCCUGUCAACAUUGUUAAACCUCUGCAGGAUAAGACUGUCCUUGAGAAGACCCGUGUGAUUCUAGACUGCACGGUGUCCAACCCCAGAUGCAGUAUCCGCUGGUACAAAGGCAGCAAUGUCAUACUGCCCUCAGGGCGCUUUGAGAUCUGCAGUGAAGGUUGUUAUCGUAAACUGAUCAUCCAGCAGGUGGCGCUAACUGAUGAGGGCACGUAUAGUGUGCAGGUGGGAGAGUGUACGUGCUCUGCAAGACUCACAGUGGAAGAUUAUUAUAUGGAAGCGUUCAAGAUGUAA